UAGUGUAGAUAGUACUAGUUAUUGUAGUAUUUAUUUUAUUAUUGUAGUAUUUACUGUAGUAUUUUAACAUUGUAGUAAUGAUGAUAGUAUUGAUAGUGUUGGUAGUGGUAUUGAUAAUAGUCCUGAUAGUAUUGAUAAUAGUACUGAUGGUGUGUAUUGUCGUGGUGUAGUGGUGUGUAUUGUCGUAAUUAUAGUAUAAGUUUGUAGUACUGUAUGUUCCAGCAGGAGGAGGCAAUGGUCACAUCUCCAAAGGUCCUGGUUACCGGGGCAACGGGUCUCCUGGGUCGGGCUGUGUGCAAAGAGUUUCAGAACAAUGGCUGGUUGGUUACUGGGACCGGAUACAGGAGGGCCAGGCCCCGCCUCCUUCGCUGUGACCUCACAGAUGAGGACGCCGUCAGAGGACUUCUGCACGAAUACAAGCCCGAUGUAGUCGUCCACUGUGCAGCAGAGAGGCGUCCGGAUGUCGUAGAGAGACACACUGAAGCUGCAGUAAAUCUCAACGUGCACGCCACCAGCACGCUUGCCAAGGAGGCAGGUGGGUGAUGUCAAGGUUGUGCAAGCCAGCAGGAUUACUUCACAGAGCACGUUACCAUAGUAACUGACUCAGGGUGAUGCCGAGCAUGUUACCAUAGUAACUGACUCAGGGACGCUGAGCUGGCGUUUCCC